AUGGAUUUUUCAUCACAGGGGAGCAUAAUCGAGGAGGUGAUCUGCCACAUCUGCCGGCAGCUCCUGACAGAGCCCCUGAUCCUGGACUGUGGCCACAGCUUCUGCGGCGCCUGUAUCACUGCAAACAAUGAGUCAGUGAGCCACCUCGAAGGGCAACACUGCUGUCCUGUGUGCAAGAGCACAUCCAAGCCUUGGAACUUCCUGCCUACUCAGCAGUUGGGCAACAUAGUGAAGAAAGUUGAGGAAGUCAACAUGUGGCCCCACCAACAGCAGAGGAGAGAUCUCUGUGAGCACCAUGGGGAAAAUUGCCAUCUCUUCUGUAAGGAGGAUGGGAAGGCCAUUUGCAGCCUCUGUGUCCAGGAGCAGCACCAAGGCCACCAAAUAUCUAGCGUGGAGGAGGUGGUCAAGGAAUGUCAGGAGAAGCUAGAGGCAGCGCUGGACAGGUUGAUGCAGGAGCAGCUGGAAGUUGAGGAGUUGGAAGCUGUCAUCAAUGAAGAGAGAGCUACCAGGAAGGCUGAGACAGAGAGGAUUCGAAAAGGGUUUGAUGAAAUGAAAGAAAUCCUGGACAGGAAGAAGCACAGGGAGCUGCAAAAGCUGAGGGAACACGAAGAGCAUGUGCUGAAUAACUUGGCAGUGGUUGAAGACCAGGUGAUCCAAGAGAAGCAGUACAUGAGAGAGCUCAUCUCAGAUCUCCAAAGUCGUAUGUGUGAAUUAUCUAUAGACAUGUUGCAGGAUAUGAUUAACACCUUAAACAUCUUUAAAAGGAGUGAGACCUGCACCUUGAAGAUGCCAAAAAUUGUUUUGAAGAAACUAAAGAGUGCGUUCCGAUUUCCAGAUCUGCCUCAUUUGCUGCAAGUGUUUAAAGAGCUGGCAGAAGCCCAAAACUACUGGGUGAACUUGAUGCUGAAUCCACUCAACACUCUGUCAAAUAUUAUCAUUUCUGAAGAUCGGAGACAAAUGAUAGUUGGGAACUAUUUUAUGUUUGGGAAUGUAUAUCCACGUGAUUUUUCUUCUCUUGAUGUCUUGGGCAGCCAAAAUUUCUCCUCAGGAAAAUAUUACUGGGAAGUUGAUGUAUCCAAUAAGAUUGCCUGGACCUUGGGGGUGCAUAGCAAGACAAGUAAUCUCAAUAGAAAAAAAAGCUCUGGGUUUGUUUUUAACCCAUAUGCAAAUUACCAAAAUGCUUACACCAGAUUCAGACCUGAAAAUGGCUACUGGGUUGUAGGGUUACAGAAUGAAUCUGAGUACAAUGCUUUUGAGGACUCUGCCACCUCUGAUCCCAAGGUCUUGACUCUUCCCAUGGCUGUUGCUCCCCAUCGAGUGGGGGUUUUUCUAGACUACGAAGCAAGCACUGUCUCAUUUUUUAACGUCACAAACCAUGGGUCACUCAUCUACAAGUUCUCUAAAUGUCACUUUUCCCAGACAGUUUAUCCCUAUUUCAAUCCUUGUAAAUGUCCUGUUCCCAUGACUCUCUGCCCACCAAGCUCCUGA